AUGACCAACAUCACCCGUGGCUACACCCCAACAGAACCUGUACCUUUGUUCAGGCAGCCUCAAGAGGCAAGCGCCGUCUGGGCUCAGUUAAAGGCUCUUGCCUGUAUCAGUUCACUGGCUUUUCUCAUCAACCUUGUUGUGAUCAUAGUAACUUCCAAAAGAUUCAAAACUGCACCAUUUAUGCUUAUUCAAAAUUUCAUGGUGAUCGACAUAGUCAGUUCCUUGGUAACAGCGGGCCCUUGGGCCGCGGGUGUUUGGGCCGAUUCUCUCGGGCUAGGAAUGAUAUCGUCCGUAUGUCGCGUACAGGGAUUCUUCCACAACACUCUGGCAACAGUGUUCUUAGCAACAGUCGCUCUCUCUUCAAUCAGCCGAUUCCUGUACGUUUCGUCCCCGAGUGCCUACUGCAUGUUUUUUACAAACAAGCCCGUUGUCCGCCUACUGAUGUUCACCAUCUGGUUUGGGGCAGGUUUCCUGGCGUCUCCACCCUUGAAUCCUGGCACAUGGGGAUCCUAUGGAAAAUUUGAAGGAACGUGCUGGUUGUCUUGGGAGAAGGGUAACCUCCCCUCUCUUUCCUACUCUGUUUUUCACACUCUGAUCACUCUGGGCCCUACAAUUGUGUUCACCAUUCUAGCGAUCACAGUUACCAUCCUGAAAAAGAACUCCAUCCACCCCGCGCCGACGCCUUCCUCCAUGCCGGUGAGUAACCAACCAAGACUGCCACCCCCGACACCUACCAUGAUUGGGUCUUUCAGGGGAGGAACUAACCUCCUCAACAUGGAAGUGCUGUACAUCUCGUGCGCUCAGUUCCUGUUGUAUCUGACCCUUUGGAUUGGCAUUACCGUCGUGGAAUCACUCUUGAUCGUAGACUGGCGUAAUGUGGAUUACAGAGUGGUGAUUAUCUUCACCUUCUUGUAUCAGAGCCGGAGCCUGUUCCAUCCAUUCUUCUACAUCCUUCUGAGUGCAGAGAUCAGAAAUGCGUUUGCGAGGUGUACAAGUAAGGGGCAUGCCACCACCCUGUCCCANUAA